AAUGUCCGUUCCUUUGCAUUUAUGUUUAUAGUCGCAUUGACGGGGGCAGCAGACUGGUUAAAUAACGCAUUGUUUGUGCAGUGGAAUGUGAGUUUGAGGUGCGUCAUGUUGGUGACAUUGUAGCCUGACUUCGAUAUCAGGCAACAUGUCCGACACUUUAAGCGGUGACAGCGAGUCCCUAUCAUCAGCCACUCCAUCGGCCCCAGCCACGCCCCCUCCAAGCAACCCCAAACACCCCUCUACCAUGGAAACAGACACGCAGCUAACAUGCAGCAUCUGCAAGAAGCGUUAUUCCGAUCCUCAUCUGCUGCCUUGUCUUCAUACAUUCUGCAGCGCUUGUCUCAAGACCCUUUCGCCGUAUCUGUUCAGCAGUGAGGAUCAUGGCAGUCCGGGUAGCACACUGAGCAGCAUAGGAAGUGGACGAAGCAGCCAUCGUAGUGUGGCUAUCCACUGUCCGACAUGUGAUCUUGAGGUUGACCUUCCAUCGAAAGGUCCCGAGUUGCUUCCCGUGAACUUCAUGAUAAAGAAACAAUUGAUGUUGGAAUCGUUGAAGCCGGAGUCGGGAGAGACCAUCUGCGAUCUGUGCACCGAUAACGCCAAGGCCGUAUCACGAUGCAUGGAAUGCAUGGUCAAUGUCUGUGGCUUUUGCAUUCAGGCUCAUAAGCGGCAGCGCAAGACGGCAAAUCAUUCAGUUCUCUCGUUGCAUGAGGCGCGUUGUCAAGGAGCCGCCUCCUUAAGCAGCCCGGUCAUGUGUCCCAAGCAUCCCCAGGAAGAGCUCAAGAUGUACUGCGAGACCUGUGAUCAGUCAGUCUGCCGAGACUGUUGCCUCGUUCAGCAUCGGGAGCAUCUCGUUGAAUACUCGGAAGACGUUGUUCAUCAUCACAAGCGUGUCCUCGAAAACCUUGUAGCUCGUCUUCAGCCCCAUGUCCAAGCCAUCGGCGGUGGUAUCAAUUCGAUCAAUCGUUCUGAGGUCUCCAUUGCAGACCGAUCCACUGAACUCCAUCAUGACAUCAAUUCUUACUUCGAUAACUACAUCCAGGCAUUACAAGCGCAUCGUCGAAGCCUUCUUAGUCACGUCUCCAAAGUCGGCGAAGGUCGUAUCAAAUCCCUUCAAGUUCAUCGCUUACAGUUACAGCAGCUGCUGCGCGACAUGCAACACUCCUGCAACGUAACCACCCAUGCUCUAUCAGACAGUAACAGCCAGGAAGUUUUAGCCUUGAAACCAACCCUCGGUCAUCGUCUUAGCGAGCUUAACCAUGUCUCCUAUCAGUGCACACCUAGAGUAGACAAUGCUCUGCGAUUCAAGUCAAGGGCAAAAGCCGGCCGAGUUAACGGAUAUGAAGUCCAUGGGAUGCUGGAAGUUAAACAACUGGACCCGUUGAAAUGCUACGUAACUGGGGAAGGUGUCCAUGAGGCUCGGCAAGGAAUGAUAUCUGAAUUCCUUCUGAUCAUUCAAGACAUCGAUGGUCAACCAUAUAAUAAAGGAGGGGAGGAUGUCAGAGCGACGCUGGCAGUUGAAACCGUUAGAAACAGAGUUCUGAAUUGCAGUAUAUUUGAUGAAGAUGACGGCUCGUACCGGAUCGAAUACACGCCACAAGUCCACGCUACCCACAUGCUCUGUGUGUUUUUGGACGGUCAACACGUCAAGGGAAGCCCCUUCAGGGUGACUGUACACGAAGGCUGGCGCGAACACGCCGGUAUCUGGCACUGUUGUACAUUUUGCUCAAGCGAGGGCAGCAGACAGGCCACAUGUGCAUGCGGGGGCAAAAUGCCUGGUGGAUUCAAAGGUUGCGGUCACGGUCAUCCGGGACACCCAGGUAAGUGGCAUUGGUCCUGUUGCGCCCUCACCAAGCAAGACUCGGAGUGCAUCGGGCAGCGCCCUCUAUCAUCACCACAAGGUGCGAGAGCCGACGCGGGAGCAGGGAUAGCGGCGGGCAGCCAGCCGGUGUCAAAGGUCACCUCAGGAACGCUGGUGAAGAGAGAACCGGGACCGUUAGCUCUGACAGGGGCUUCGAUGGGGCAUGGCGAACGUCAGGGAGGAAGUGGCACUUCAGGGGCGGAGACAAUGAGAGGAAAGGGGCGGGAUAAACAGGUGCAUACCAUAUCAUUGUAAGGAAAGUACUAGAUGGGACGUUGAUGGGACAUGGGCAACGCCAGGGAGGAUGUACCACUGGGGGGGGGG